GCCUCAAAAAAAUCAAUGGCGGUGGAAAAAACCUCAAAAAAAUAAAUAAAAACCCCCGUAAAUUGCAUAAACAUGUCGGUGGAAAAAUGCAAAACAAUAAUAAUAAACCCAUCAAAAACCCAAAAAUUUAAAAAAAAUCAUAUUUUAAUAAUAACAGAGAGAUCUGAUAUUUUUAUAUUUUAGAAAAAUUUUAAUUUUCCUGUGUUGUUUCAUUUAAAUGUUCUGAGAAAUUCUCAUCUGUGCAGAAGAAGUUUAAUAAUAAUCUCGAUUUGAUCGAGAUUCGUUCUCCUCCGGCGUUUUUAUCGAGAACUGAAUUCAACACGGAGUACGGAUUUCCUCUUAGUUCUAAGCGUCUGGGAGUAUAAAUUUUUCAUUUUCUACCGAGUUGAUGAGCAGAAGCUGAACAGUUUACUAUGGAAUUUCGGCGAUACUUACUGAGUUGACUAGACAAGAAGAAGAUUUAGGUGUGUGAAGAAUUUGGUCUGCUGAGGAGGAUCUUUGUAGUUGUAUAUAGUGCAAUUUGAUUGAACAUAGUAGUGGAAAUUGUGUGAGAUGGGGUGUAAAUACUCCAAAUUCGUAGGAGCGUGUUGUUGUAAUUUACAGUAUAAUGGUUCAGUUCUUGAGGCGCCAGAUAAUGAUGAGAAGGGGGAGGCGGAUGAUUUGCCGAAAUUUCAAGAGUAUUCAUUUGAGCAACUUAGACUUGCUACAUCUGGUUUUUCUGUAGAUAAUAUUGUAUCUGAACAUGGAGAGAAAGCUCCAAAUGUUGUUUAUAAAGGGAAACUUGAGAAUCAUAGGAGGGUUGCUGUUAAGAGAUUUAAUAGAAUGGCUUGGCCUGAUUCAAGACAAUUCAUGGAAGAGGCAAAAGCUGUCGGUCAGCUCCGUAACCAUAGAUUGGCAAACUUACUUGGUUGUUGUUGUGAAGGUGACGAGAGGUUGCUUGUGGCAGAAUUUAUGCCCAACGAUACGCUUGCGAAGCACCUGUUUCAUUGGGAAUCACUACCUAUGAAGUGGGCAAUGCGAUUAAGGGUUGUUUUACAUCUUGCACAAGCUUUAGAAUAUUGUACUAGUAAAGGACGCGCGCUUUACCAUGAUCUUAAUGCUUACAGAAUUGUAUUUGAUGACGAGGGUAACCCUAGACUUUCAUGCUUUGGAAUGAUGAAAAACAGUAGAGACGGGAAAAGCUACAGUACAAAUCUGGCUUUUACUCCUCCUGAGUACUUGAGAACUGGACGAGUCACACCAGAGAGUGUAAUAUAUAGCUUUGGUACUCUAUUACUUGACCUCCUUAGUGGAAAACAUAUUCCUCCUAGCCAUGCCCUUGACCUUAUUCGGGACAGAAAUCUCCAGAUGCUUACUGAUUCCUGCUUAGAGGGACAGUUUUCAGAUAAUGAUGGUACAGAGCUGGUGCGUUUAGCUUCUCGGUGUUUACAGUAUGAACCUCGAGAGCGACCAAAUCCCAAGUCAUUGGUGACAGCUCUGACUCCUCUUCAGAAGGAAACGGAGGUUCCUUCUCAUGUGUUGAUGGGUAUACCAUAUGGUGCUACAUUCACGCCUCUAUCGCCUUUAGCUGAAGCUUGCUCAAGAAUGGAUUUGACUGCAGUUCAUGAGAUCUUGGAAAAUACUGGGUACAAGGACGAUGAAGGAAUAGCAAAUGAGCUCUCUUUUCAAAUGUGGACCAACCAAAUGCAGGACACCUUAAACUCAAAGAAGAAAGGCGAUGUUGCUUACCGACACAAAGAAUUCAAAGCUGCAAUUGAGUGCUAUACUCAGUUCCUUGAAGCGGCAACCAUGGUUUCUCCUACAGUUUGUGCACGACGUUCUGUAUGUUAUCUCUUAAGCGACAUGCCACAAGAAGCUCUUAGUGACGCAGCUCAAGCCCAAGUUAUUUCCCCUGUUUGGCCAACGGCGUCCUAUUUACAAGCAGCUGCCUUUUUUGCUCUGGGAAUGGAAAAUGAAGCCCAAGUUGCGCUCAAAGAAGGUUCUGCUCUUGAAGCAAAAAAAAUCGCAGCUUCUUCCAAGUAAUAGAUAACAAGUGAAGCGCGGCGUCUGUAAAAUCUCUAUCGUGCAUCUUUACCUAAUUGCACUCUCUUACUGCAGAUGAACAUAUUCUUACUUCCAAGUGGAACAAAAUCGUAAAAAAGAAAAGGCUAAUUCAAGUCGAUAUACUGUUCUGCUUGAGAUGGCAGAACUUUGAAUUUACAUUGCAUGAGUUUUCUGAGUCUUUGUAGCUCUUUCACCAUUUUAAGCAGGAUAGAAUAUUUUGGGGAGUGUGGUUUGUUGGUUGGUCUUGGUACAGUUUGUUUACUGUUAGUUCUCAUCUUAUUAUAUAGUUCAUUGCUUAUGGGGACAAAAACUGAUAUUUUCACUAGAUGAAUCAGAAUGAUGGAAUUGUUCCCAAGAUUGUAUUUUGUGUACAGCAACUGCUGGGUUUGUUAUGUUGAAAUGUAAGAUACUAGAUAUGGUUUUUGUUCCAUUGAAGUUAUUUGCGGAUGCCUA